AAAAAAAUUGUGUCAGUGUGCUAAAAAUUAGUUGUKGUAAAAUGUUAACCCUUGUAAUCCUCUACUUGUUUUUUCCCUUAUCAUCAAAUUCAGUUAAUAUCGAAAAUAAUGCUUGCACAAACGUGAUUUCGUAUCARGAUGCUGCAAUCAGUCCUCAUUGCACUUACAACCCUGAUGUUUUAUCCGACGUUCAAGCAAUGUCACAACGACAUGGUUACAGUUUUGAGCAAUUAACAGUGACGACUGACGAUGGCUACAUUUUGAAUAUUUUCAGAAUUUCGGCUGAAAAUGGGAGUGGGGGUAAAUUACCAGUGUUUGUGCAACACGGAAUUGCGGAAAAUUCAGGCGCUUGGGCCGAUAAAGCCAACCGAUCAUUAGCUUUCAGGCUGGUUCAGGAAGGUCAUGAUGUCUAUUUGGGGAAURUGAGAGGUUCAAURUUUUCAAARAAACAUGUCAAAUAUUCGGUUAACAAUCCCYAAUAUUGGAAUUUUAAUUUGGACACAAUUGCUGCUAACGAUAUCAGAACAAUGUUAAAUUUUGUGUCCCAAAAAACCGGUUCAAAAAUCCUUUACAUUGGCCACUCGAUGGGUACAACCUUAUCAUUUAUGUAUUCMUCCGAAUUCAGCGAAGAAGCGAGUCAAAUCCUCCAGGGAAUUAUAGCACUAGCACCAGUAGGGUAUUUAAACGGAGUCCCAAUUAUUGAACUGUUUAAACCAAUUGGACUCCCCCUUAUUGACGUGUUAUCCGCAUUACACAUUAAAGGACUUUUAUACCAGGAAAAAAUUAUCCACAAAUUUGCAAAUGUCCUUUGCAAGGACACAAUCCCCGAACUCUGUUUCGCAUUUUUCAGCCUAGUCACCGGAWAAACCACGCAAUUUUUACCUGAAGAUUUGUUGACAUUUUUGAGUUACUGGCCGAGUGGUUUGUCCAUUUACGAACUGAAACACUACUUGCAAAUUGGGGCUAGUAAAAAGUUUCAGAAAUUUGAUUACGGAUCGGCCAAUCUGAAACAUUACAAAUCUCUGAAACCCCCAAGUUACAAACUGAAGGAUAUUAAAGUCCCCAUUUCGCUAAUGUACGGCGAGAAUGACAUUCUUUUCAGACAAAAAAACGUGGACCGAUUAUUCGACGAAAUUGGCACCAAAACUAAAACCAAAUAUGCCAUUUCAGCCGCCGAUGGUCAGGGUUAUGCCCACAUCGAUUUCGUUUACGCCAAAAACCUWGAAGAGGAUUUAUACAAGCUGAUAUUUGACGUUCUAAGUCAAAUGGGGGAAACACAAGAUUURUAA